AUGGCGUUCGUCCUAGCGUCGCGUCCAUUCACUUCAUUCCUUCUUUACUCAAGCGGUGCGUUUAGCAAGUUGAUAAAUUUACUCUGAAAUUUCUAUUAGUGAAGUUCUGCACCUUUUUAACGCUAGUUAGUACCAAAUCAUAGUUAUAAUAGUAUUACCGUUUAAUAUUUUAUAAGAUUUCUCGUGAAAUUUAAUCAUGGAUGGGCCCGGGCGUGGAUUUCGUGGCGGAGGACGUGGUGGCCCACCAGGAGGCCCUAAUCAACGCGGCCGGGGUGGUUUCGACAUGCGUGGACGCGGUGGCGGAAUGCGAGGGCGCGGCGGGCCUAUGGGCGGACCACCUCGGGGUGGUCCGGCUAUGCGCGGAGGACCGCGUGGUUUUCGCGGCGGCCCGAUGCGCGGCGGCGGCGGUGAUAGAGGAGGUCGCAAUUUCUCUUCUGGACCCCAGGGGCCAGGCCCUCAUCCUGUACCUACUAUUGAGACCAGAGGGGCUCCUCCACAAAGAGGAGGAUUUAACAGAGGUGGCCCUGGUGGCAUGAGGGGAAGAGGUGGCAGAGGCCGUGGUGAUUUUGGCCCGCGCAAUGAUCGCGGUGGUGGCAGAGGUGGAAUGGGCAUGAGAGGAGGACGUGGAGGUAGAGGCCAUGGCCCAGGCGGGCCACCAGGAGGCCCAGGACCUCACGGGCCCGGUGCAGCCCCCGGAGGCCCUCCCAUGCAGCAGCGAUCUGCACCAGCACCACAUCAGGCGCCUGGAGGCCCACCACAAAGCCAACCACAAGGAGGUGCACCUUUCAAAAGAGGUGCAGGCCCACCACAUGGAGGCCCAGGCGGACCCCCAAAACGUGGAAGAUUUGAUGGGCCACGUGGAGGAGGCGGUGGCCGGCCAGCUCCACAAGGUGGUUAUCAACAAGCACCUUCAUCUCAUAAUGCUCCACCUGCCAAUGGAUAUGGACCUCCAUCGCAUACAGGGUACCAACCUUAUGAACAGCCUCCUGCAGACCCUUACGCUCAACAAUCCUACAAUGCACCCAGUGCAUAUCAGAGUAACAGCUACUCAUCACCAGCAGCCGCGCAGCCCAACUCAGGGUAUAGUUCAAGCAGUUAUGGAACAAACUAUGGGUAUACUACGGGCCAGGGAGGCUAUGAUGAUGGUUAUGGGGGCGGUAAUGCUGGAGGCGCCGGCGACGCGGGUUAUGGCGCCGCCGAGCCCGCUUACGGCGGAGGCCCCGCCCCCGCGUACGACUCAUACUCCCAGCCCGCUUACAAUUCUUACCAGCAGCCACAGCCGCAUUAUGAAAACAACUAUGGUAAGUACUAAAAUGCUCGCUCCCGAAACUGUUAGUUAAAGCGGAAUUACAAAGAUCGGAUAAGCAGUAUUAUAAUUUGUAUUUCAUACUUUCCGACAUUAUAAUUGGCUUAAGAACCAACUAGUUAAAGGACAUUAAUUUAUGAAAUCUUUCUGUUCUCAAAUUAAUUAUAAUAUUAAAGAAAACUUAGUUGACGAGUGGAAUAGCCAUUAUUACUGUGCUGAAAACAAUACAUAGCAGAUUUAUUAUUUAUUUACAUAUUGUAUUCAUAGGUAAAGUGGUCUUAUAUGCUUCUAUUAAAGAUAAGAAUCAACCAUUCUGAACAAGUAACAAUACGCACUAGUAGGCAAUCUAAUGAAGUAACAAUAAUAAUAAUAAGGUAUUUCAUUAUAUGAAACAUAGGGUCAUGAAAAGGACAAAUUAUUGGACUUUUAGAAAAUACAUUUAUUAUGUUAGUUGUACACAAAUAGCGUGAGAGACUUACAAUUGACUGACUAUAAAUGAUGUGUAAAUUGUAAUUAGACGAACCUGUCAGUAACUGUGCAGUAGCACGUUUGUUUAUAUCAAUUAUUGAUAUGUACAUAUACAUGAAUUUUGUUUAUCUGAAUUAUCUGUAUUAAAAGUAUAGGUUCAAAAUCAAAUGUUAUUUCACAAAACUGCCUAAAUCUUGCAGAAGAACUGUUAUAAAAAGUAUCGUUUCGUGAUAACAUAAUGUUAUCUCACACAUUUUUUUUAUUCAUGUCUAAAGCUUCUAUUUAAUUGUUUGCAUUACAGGAAGUUGGUGAACUCUUUGAAUAUCAAACUGGUUAGUUUAAGGUCAAUGAGCAUAAUACUUUAAAAAGUAGCUGUAUCAUUUUGCGGACAUACAGUUUAUACAUACUUUAAGGUAAAAAAUAAUAAUUUAAGAAUAGUAUAAUUUAAUGCAAACAAUUGAUACCGGUCUUGGUAUAAGCCCUCUUGAAACAAAUUAAUUAAUUCAUAUUCUUGCGGAGAUGCAAAUGGAAACAAUAUUGUGAUGUGUGAUGUUUAUUUGUUUUUGUGACCAUGGUGAGUAGGUGACAUUGUUUUAGAAAUUAAGAAACUGAGUCGAAAUAAAUUGAAAUUUUGAACCAUA